UCGAUGUUUCAGUGACUUGGGACUGCUCGCCCCUAGGCGCAUUCUAACUUUCGGCUCCCCUGGCUCCCGCGGCCAGAGAGAGAACGGGGCGGAUCCUCGCGUGCCAGACACGCCCCGGUCGGGUAUAAAAUUCGCCAGGCGCUCGCUCCCCAGGCCACAGCAGCUCCCGCGCUCUGCUGGGGCCUCCGGACGCGCUCCCCGCGCGGGUCUCUGGAACACUCUGGCCGAACGCACGCCCGCCUGCACUCACACUGCGGUUCACACCCGCAGGCGCGUUCGCACCCACACUGCCGCUCACGCGCGCUCACGCUCCCCCACGCGCGCUCCACUCUCGCUCCAGCCCCGCGCCCCGCGAAGGCGCAGGCACCGCCGCCGAGAGCGCCGAGGGGCCCCGCGGCCUUCCAAUGGCGGACCUGAGCUUCAUCGAAGAUACCGUCGCCUUCCCCGAGAAGGAAGAGGAUGAGGAGGAAGAAGAGGAGGGUGUGGAGUGGGGCUACGAGGAAGGUGUUGAGUGGGGUCUGGUGUUUCCUGAUGCUAAUGGGGAAUACCAGUCUCCUAUUAACCUAAACUCAAGAGAGGCUAGGUAUGACCCCUCGCUGCUGGAUGUCCGCCUCUCCACAAAUUAUGUGGUGUGCCGAGAUUGUGAAGUCACCAAUGAUGGACAUACCAUUCAGGUUAUCCUGAAGUCAAAAUCAGUUCUUUCGGGAGGACCAUUGCCUCAAGGGCAUGAAUUUGAACUGUACGAAGUGAGAUUUCACUGGGGAAGAGAAAACCAGCGUGGUUCUGAGCACACGGUUAAUUUCAAAGCUUUUCCCAUGGAGCUCCAUCUGAUCCACUGGAACUCCACUCUGUUUGGCAGCAUUGAUGAGGCUGUGGGGAAGCCGCACGGAAUCGCCAUCAUUGCUCUGUUUGUUCAGAUAGGAAAGGAACAUGUUGGCUUGAAGGCUGUGACUGAGAUCCUCCAAGAUAUUCAGUAUAAGGGGAAGUCCAAAACAAUACCUUGCUUUAAUCCUAACACUUUAUUACCAGACCCUCUGCUGCGGGAUUACUGGGUGUAUGAAGGCUCUCUUACCAUCCCACCUUGCAGUGAAGGUGUCACCUGGAUAUUAUUCCGGUACCCUUUAACUAUAUCCCAGCUACAGAUAGAAGAAUUUCGAAGGCUGAGGACACAUGUUAAGGGGGCAGAACUUGUGGAAGGCUGUGAUGGGAUUUUGGGAGACAACUUUCGGCCCACUCAGCCUCUUAGUGACAGAGUCAUUAGAGCUGCAUUUCAGUAGCCAAAGGGGACAGGAACAAGUCUGUCUUCAUGAGGGAGGAAGACAAUGGUCCUAUAAUGCCCUUGGAUAAGAAAAGGAAACUUUUGAGCUGCACCUUCAGUUUAUCCUCAAAGCCUGCGUUGUUUGUCUUCAUCUAAUCCAGCUUUGAUGGACAUCUGUGAUGGUUGCCUGUACACUUGCUGAAAUGAAAUAUUAGAAAUGGCUGUAUAUUCCAAAGAAACCCUAUAUUGUAUAUCCACAUUACUGCUGCUAGGAUUCAUAUUUGCACAUACUGUUUAUUGCUUAUGUGUAGAAGGAAUGAAACUAGUUUCCAGAGUUGUUAUUAAUAUGAAUAUAUAUCAUGUGUUAAUAUUGAGAAAGGAAAAAUACAUUCCCCGUGUUAGUAGUACUUCAUUUCCUGUCUCCAACAGAAAAUUCACUCAUUUUAGAACUAGUGUAAUUCUUGAUAAUAAAAUAAGAGUUUUUUUGUUUUUCUUUUUUUUUUUUUUUUUUUUGAGAAGGUGUCUCGCUCUUUCACCCAGGCUGGAGUGCAGUGGCGCGAUCUCGGCUCACUGCAGGCUCCGUCCCCCAGGGUUCACGCCAUUCUCCUGCCUCAGCCUCCCGCGUAGCUGGGACUACAGGCGCCCGCCACCUCGCCCGGCUAAUUUUUUUUAUAUUUUUUAGCAGAGAUGGGGUUUCACCGUGUUAGCCAGGAUGGUCUCGAUCUCCUGACCUCGUGAUCUGCCCACCUCGGCCUCCCAAAGUGCUGGGAUUACAGGCGUGAACCACCGUGCCCGGCCUAAAAUAAGAGUUUUGAUUAAGAACAGCAUAGAGCUUCAAAAUGCAAAGUGAAUGAUUAGUAAAAUUAUGUCUCAUUUUAUUUUUUCAGCACCGCUACCACAAUUAAUAUUAGGCUGGAUUGCCAUGGGAAACAUUUUUUGGCGUUAAUGCAGCAACAUAAUACUCACUUUAGGUAUUACUACAUAGUUAAAGGAUUUAACUGAAUGUGUGGAUCCAAUUAUAUUUAUUUGACAUAUUGGAAGCUGUGGUUUAAUAGGAAUUUGCGAAAGGUGUAAGAAAUAGGAUAAAAAGAAGGUCAGCACCAUGUACCAGGAAUAGCUUUACUUUCCAUAAAUAGAAAUAUAAAUUUAAUGGUAUCCUGUAUUACUUUAGUGUCGUACAUUUUGUAAGACUUAAAUAUUUUAUUCCAUUGAUUCCACUUCUUGGUAUGUUAAGACAUUUCUUUAAAGAUGACCAACAAUAUCCUUAUUUUAGGUGCUACUAGCAGAUGUAAGCGUAUACUUAGUUGCCAUUAGAUGUGACAGAAUGAGAUAAUUUAUGUAAAGCAGUACAGUGCCUGGCACAAAGCAAACAAUAAAUAUUAUUGUUAUUGUUGUUAAAAUUGUAAAAUGAAUGACUUCAAAAACACA